AGUGAUGUCAACAACAUUGGUCAGUGGGUCAGCCCCUUCGAGACACUAAUCUGCUUCAUUUAUGCUGGUUACCAAACCCUUUUCUUGCUGAAAACGAUCUGCUAAAUCUCACGUGAACAGGUCGACAUUUGUCCAGCGACAUUCAGCGGUUUAAGGUUUGAAUGGAUAGGUAACUACUAACGGUUAGCUAGCACUAGCAUGCUAGCGGCGAGAGGGAAAAUGAGGGUAGUGUUGUUCAGCUGUCGGCAUUGACCAGCAGAGAAACAGCAAAUACAGAUGUAACACAGGUAUAACGUAACAAACCAUGAUCACCACCGAGGCUGCGAGAGAGUUCCAGGUCAAGGAGCGAAGAUACAAGGAGCAAGUGAAGAGAUGUUUAUCUUCGGCUUUGUCUGCAGACCUCAACGGGUUGCUGCAGGAAGAGCUGGAGGCCGAUGUUUCUCUCUUUGGUGCCUCGGGCUCCCUUCGAGCACACAGAGCUGUACUGCUGGCCAGAGCUCCGCACCUUCUUCGGGGACACACGCACAAAGAUCCCGCCAUCAUUCAUCUGCCUGACUUAGAGCUGUCAGGGCUUAAAGAUUUCCUCAGGCGAGUUUACACAGCAGAGCAGAGCACGCGUUGUGCUGAAAUCAUCCCAGGCGUGGAGGGCUUGGUGCCAGAAAUCACUCUGUCUGCUCCCGACGCUGCAGACCUUCACAGCUCCACUGACUCAGAUUCCGGUCUCGAGCCAGCCUCAGGCCUCGGAGGAGACUUGCUGGAUCUAUACCAGAGAGGAGAGCAGUGUGACAUCACCAUCCAAGUAGCGGAGCAGGUCUUCUCCUGCCACAGGGCGAUCCUGUGUGCACGGUCUCAGUACUUCAAAGCCAUGCUGAGUGGGAGUUGGAUGGAGAGCUCCAGACAGUGCAUCACUCUGCAAGGCUUAGGGCCGGACGAGAUGGAGAUCCUGCUUCAGUUCAUGUACGGGGCCAUUGUGGAUCUCCCGCAUGGAGCCAGUGCCAGUCAGGUGGUGUUGGCAGCAGACAUGUUGGGUUUGGAGGGACUGAAAGACGUGGUGGAGAUGGUUCUGACCAGAGACUACUGCCGCUUCUUCCCCAAGCCGAAUGACGGAGUCCAGAGAACAGUUCUCGAGUGCCUGUCCCUCACGCACGCCUUAGGCCUUCAAAACCUCCACAUGUUGUGUAAGAGGUGGGUUGCUGAACAUUUUGUGAAGACAUGGUGUGAGAGGAACUUUUCCCUCUUGUCCCCUGAGCUCCAAAGAGCCUGUCUAACAGCUGUAACUGAAACAAUGACUGUGCAGAACGCAGUGACCAUGCUCUGUGGCUCUGAGCAGUUGCUCGGCAGUCUCCCAGAAGUCAAGUGGGCACAACAGGUCCGGAGUCUCGCUUCAGAACUUCAGGAGGAGAGCCUCGGUGUUAUUGUCCAGAAUCUCCCCAGAGUAAUUCACACACAGGCCUUCAGGGACCUUCGCAGGAGGGAAGAGUUCACGCGAGAGCCCACGUUACUGAAGAAGCUGUGUUCAGCCAUCAGAGAAGGUGCGACUGUGGAGAACUGCUGUGAUCUUUACACUGCUGUGUACCUGCUGUGCGGAGAGGACGACGACUCUCUCCCGGAGCUUGGAGGGCAAAAUCAAGAAGAGCCGUUCAGGCGAGAGAUUUGUACGCUGCGUGGUCGGCUCUGGACCUUCCUGCUUCAGACCUUUUACGCGGUCCGCCACACGCAGGGAUGGGAGACCCUUUCUUCCAAACACAGAGAAAGGAUACUUGCAGAUGCUAUUGAUAAAGGGGACAACCGAAGACUCGGUAAAAAGCCUGUAUUCACAAGCUCACAGUCAAGGGCUGUAAAAUGCCCUUUAUCUGCACCUGAGAGCCCUCCGGUGCACAGGACCCCGAGGGUGUCUGACAACACAACUUUUUCCUCUCGCGGAGCUGCAUCAGCCAUGAAGUCUGAUGGACUUGGGACAGCAAACAAAUCAGCUGAGGGUCACACAUCCAAAGCAAAAAAUGUAAAGAAACCAGGAGACCGGAGUGUAGCAGCAAAAGCAAAGACAGCGUCAGCCGGAACGCCUGUUGUCAAUGGCACAGGAGCUGCGGGGGCCAGGCGGGAUGUAGCAAGUGCCAAUGGCCUCAGAAGCUCGCAUGGGGCUAAGGAGCAGGAAAAGAAGCCAAACCCAGGUGCACGGCCUAAAACAUCUCCCCCGAGCUGCACAUCUACGAGCCUUAAUGCAACAACGAAGGCACAGAGGAGCUCAGCAGGAAAGUCUGACAGCACUGCUGGCUCCACCCAAGCUCAGCCCAGCGCUUCACCCUCAUCAGGCAGCGCCUCGCCAGAAAACGGUGCCAGCAGCCCUCGCAAUGAUACCCACUCCAUUCCAGGUGCGAAGCCCAAACUGCAGGCCAAGGCCGUGAACAAAUCUCCUCUGACAAAACCUUCUCAGAAAACAGAUACAUCAAAGACCAGCAGUCCUACCAAUAAGGCGAGUGUGAGAGAAGGUGGCAAAGUGAAGACUGGUGCAAGUGAUAAAACGUCAUCUGUAGUGACAGGAUCAGCAAGAACAGACACCAAGGGAAGAGGCACGCCAGACCACCAACUCCACAAGCAUGGGUCCUCCCUGAAAAAGCCAGCUUCCCCCAGAAAAGAGGACAGCAAGGACGGGUUGAAAUCCUCAGCACCAGACAAAGCAGCCAGUGAAGCUCCCAAAAAGAAGAUCACAAAGCCCACUUCAGCGACUGGAGCCUCAGCUAAAUCCAGCGCUAAGCCAACAAAACUCUCUCCGGCCCCCUCCAAGCAAUCGUCUGUUGUAGCCACAAAGUCUGGACCAAAGCCAAAAAGUAGUACAGAAUUAUCUGCGGAGAAAGCUCCCAAAUCUGGAGCAACUGCCAAAACCUCAGCUGCUACUGCUGCCGCCUCCAAGAAAACAGGAACUAAAGGAAAAGAGUCGGUGAGUGGCAAAGGUUUAGAGUGUAAAGCUGAGCUGGCUCCAGCUGAAAACACUGACGAUGCUACAGUGCAUAAAGAUAGUAAAGAGGUAAGGCCCUCUGAGCAGCCAACAAGCCAGACCGGAGGGGAUUCACUCAGCUCUGAGCAGAAUCCACAGGAGACUGACAGACAGGAAGAUAACACUAGUAGUUGUGCAGAUCUUAAAUUGGGUGCUACAGCAGCUAGCAACACCCUCAAUUUCCAAUCUGCUAAAGCAAGCGCCGUCAAACAGUCGAAAAGUAAGGUCAACAAAGCUCACAUCAGUGGAGGGCAAGUUCAUGAGGUCAGCUCUCCAAAUUCCCCUAGAGACAUUGAUCGCCCCGUAGACACCCCCUGCAGCAUAGGAAGCACUGACACCCAAUUAGAGGACUCUUGGAGCGCAACCCACCACCAGGUCACCCCGGAGUCUGAGACGGGCAGCACCCACACCACCUCCUCUGACGACAUCAAGCCCCGCUCAGAGGACUACGACGCAGGAGGCUCGCAGGACGACGACUGCUCCAACGACAGGGGAGUUUCAAAGUGCGGUACAAUGCGCUGCCAUGACUUCCUGGGCCGCAGCAGUAGCGACACGAGCACCCCAGAGGAGUUAAAGAUGUACGAAGGCGGUGCAGGGCUGAGGGUGGAGGUGCGGCUGCGUGGGCGGGAAGCAGAGACCACCAGCGAGGAGGAGGGGGUGAGACAGCGUCCUCGGUCCUGGUUGCACAGGGAGGAGGUUCAUGUAGAGGAGGAGCACUCGGAGGUCGAAACCACUACGACUGUCAAGAGCGUCCCCGACCCCCAGCUCUUCUCCUCAGAGGAGGAAGAGGAAGAUGACGAUGAGGAAGCGACAGAAGAUGAAAGGUCUGAAGUUGAGGUGAUUCAAGGUCAGGCCCCUCUGCCGCCAACUGAACCCUCACCACACUUUCAGGGGAUCAUCAACCUCGCUUUCGAUGACGAGGGUGCGGAGCAGGAUAACGAUCAACCCGAUUAUCAGUCCACCUCUAACUUCCGGCGGUCAGUGCUGCUGUCGGUCGACGAGUGUGAAGAGCUGGGCUCAGAAGAGGGCGGCGUCCAAACCCCACCUCAACAGCCUGAUGACGCUCUGACUCCUUGUGAUGUUUUCGAGUCAGACUCCAUAACUCCUCAGUCCACUUGCGCCCCCACAAGUGAUCAACAGAACCACCUUGAGAAUGACGGUAUGAAGCACAAUCUACACAACGAGGAACAGGACGAAAAGUCCUCCAUAUUCCUCACAGAGAUCCAGGAGCCAGUAAAAGAAGACCAGGUUAAACACAUCCAGGUGGAUGCAGUGAAGUCAAGUGCUCCUGUCCUGGACUCUGACACCAGAGACCUCCCUCCUCAGGAGCGCCCAUGCCACCUGGAUCUGCGGCACACUGAACAAUACAAUGGAGGGCCGCGCAAAAAUCACACCUCAGAGAGCAAGAAGGCUGAUUUACAUCUAGACUUAAGUGAGCCGCAGCUGACAGGGGACUCUCCUGUACAUGCUGCACAAUCUCCAGCAGGGGACAAUGGUUGUGACAGAUUGGAUCAAAGCUGCAAACAUGACCGUCGACCGUCCAAAGCCCUCUCUCCCAUUUACGAGAUGGAUGUGGGAGAAGCCUUUGAGCACUGCUCGGACAAGGACAGGAAUGUUAAACUGAAGGCAGAGGAAGAAAAGCUGAGAGGGGACCUUGACAAAAGCAGCGAGUUUGCAGAGGGGGACUGGAGCCUGCUCAGGCAACUCCUUUCAGAUCACGAGUCCAAUCUGGGUGUCAUAAACCCUGUGCCCGAGGAGCUCAACCUGGCCCAGUACCUUAUCAAACAGACACUGUCCCUCUCACGUGACUGCCUGGACUCGCAGGCCUUCCUGUCCCCAGAGAAGGAGACCUUCAAACGCUGGGCGGAGCUCAUCUCGCCCAUGGAUGACUCCUCCACCAGCAUCACAGUGACAAGCUUCUCCCCAGAAGACGCUGCAUCUCCACAGGGGGAGUGGACCAUCGUGGAACUGGAAACACAUCACUGACUGCAAAGAGGAGAACCUGCUGGUCAGUUAAAGCCUUCUCAAUGAGCACUGAAAGUCUAUACAUCAAGUUUGUCUUAAUUUAUUAUAAUUGAUCUCUCUUUAUUUGCACACUGUAAAACUCUGAGCUUUUCAACAACCUAUGUUGCAUUCUCAUCACGCCCUUUGAACCGUUUCUUAACACUAACGGGCUGUUCUGCAUGCUGAUAUUUUUGUAUGUUUGACUGUUGAAUUGAUGUUGCUUCAAAUCUCUAGAAAAGAAUAGAGUGAGGAAAAAACAUGGCAGUGUUUUUGGUUGACUGAAGUUUCUUAAAGAAAAAUAUCAGCCUACUGGCUUGCAUUUAAUGUCUUAUUGAAAAUAAAGAUAUGUGUUUCUGGGAAAAAUUAA